AUGCCGAAGAAAAGACACCAAACACACUAUUCGAAACCGCCAUCAACCCCUCCUCCUUCGCUGGCUAGCUCGAGGAUCCGAAGUGCAGAUAGCGAUGUACAAACCAAGGGCGUCAACCAGCUGCUUGCCGAUCUCCGAAGGGUUGGCGUGAGCAACAAUGGCGCCAACCCAAGUACCCAGAUAACGCCUAUUGAUGCAGCUCUCAACCCUAUACCUAGUGUACCACCCGCUUUGCGUCAAGUCCUCCGUAUCCCCGAAUCCCCUGCGCCACAGCAACGUUCUCGUCGCUUGGUCGAUGCCCAGGGCCGCCGUCUGCCACCCGGCCCCCCGGCACCCCGAUCUUGGCUAGCCCAAUCUCGCCAUGCCCCGACACCCUUGAAGGGCAAAGGUCAUCUCGGCCCUUGUGCCGUACGUGGCAGCGACUUUUUCAUACACCAGCUGCCAGGUGUCAAUAUUCCGGACAGGGGUAGCUUGCUAGACCUCGCUCUGUCAACCAUGGUUGCGGACUGGGAGUACCAAAAGCACUACAACCAAUAUUGGCUAUACACGCUGCCGGACCACCUGAGACUGGCACUCAUAUGUUAUCUGGGCAGCUACAGGACGGACGGAGCAUCCCCGGGUGACCUGAAGAGGUUACUGCUGCCGCCUCCAGACCUUGAACUUGGAGACGAAUCUCUGGAGCUUGGACACACUCCGAAUGAGGGGAUCCACACGUUUGACAUGGUUGACGGAUUUGGCAAGGCGAUCGAUAUGAAGGAGCUCUCCGACAUACUAUUUCCUCGUCGUCCCGCUGAAGUGACCCCUGCAGUUUUGCAAGAAUCUUGGGAUGCACCGGCAGACAGCUGGGGCGCCCCAAAGUUGACUGCAGAUGUCCGUCCCUCACUACUUCCAAACCUCACGCGUGUCUCCUUGGCGGUCAAUCCGUCAAUCGCACACAAGAUGUCAUGGAAGCACCUGCUUUCCUUCUCAUCACAUUUGGCUACCGUCACGCAUCUGAGCCUGGCAUAUUGGCCUAGGCCCACUCUGACGCCAAAUGCCAUCGCAUCUGUCAUCGACUCGCCCAGCGGGUCGAUUCAGUAUGGAGGUACCGGCUUCUACAGCCAUUCACUUGACGACGACUGGACUGAAGCCAUAUUGUUGCUCAGGCGUCUGAGCAAGAACCUCUACGGGCUAGAGUAUUUAGACGUGACAGGCUGUGCUUCGUGGGCUGAGGCACUUAUCCGGAGUGUAGAUCACGACUCUGUCGACUGGCAGGGCGCUUGGGGCAAAAUUACCGAGUUGUUGAUGUAUUGGGGGUUCCGGACCCCCAGACCCGACGAAGAGCAAAGAUACUCGGAAUUUUUGGGACACAUGGCACUUGCUACUCGGGUUGAGCGCCACAUCAUUGGCAAGAGAUCAGGUCGGGGACGGUUCGUCGAAGUUCACAAGGAUACUAUCCCGGAUGUAUAG